CUUAAUUAACGCAAAUGACAUAUAGAUCAUAAUUCGCAAACAAUGAAGAUAAAACUGUAAUACAUCGCACGUUUGCGGAUGACAUGUGGAACAUAAGGAUGCAUCUGGUUUUAUGGUUAAUUUGAAGCUGAACACAACAAACUAAUAGUCAGUGAAGGAAGAUAUAACUGCGCUAUUAUAUUUUUGCAUACUAUUCAAAUUGGUAGUUCAGUUCCUCAGCUUAUAUUCCAGCGUUGAGAUGUACGGUGUAAACAUUAUCGUCGCUCUUUUAGUUUUGGGACAAUUUCAUGCUUCAGUAACAGGUCGAUCGUUAGAACUUGAAAACGAUUCUCCGUGUUUUCCAAGCCCUUGUUUUCAGGGCCAAUGUCGAUCCAGGACUCCAGGAGAAGGUUAUGGUUAUAUCUGUCUGUGUCCUGAAGGUUUCUUUGGAGAUAAGUGUGAAAAGAGAUGUGAAGAUUUGAACCUACAAUGUCCGGAAUGGGCGAGACGUGGUCAGUGCACUAAAAAUCCAAUCUGGAUGAAGUGUAACUGCAAGUUCAGCUGCAAGCAGUGCUAAGUGUUGAAGUUGAAGAGCAAGAUCAUUCUGCUACAGAGGAAAUAAAUUAAA